AUGGCUCGUCUAUUGUUUAAGGAUUUCCUACUUACUCCAUCUAUUAUCGUGUUCUAUAUUCUGUUGUCGACAUUACGUGAACACACGACGUUUCUAUCCUUCCUCGGAAUAUCAUCCAUGACCUGGCGUCGUCGUACCAUUGAUGAUAUCACGCCGGUACCUGUCGAUUCCGUUGAGGGACGUCGGGGGGCAGACACCUACGUUGUGUUGAACUCUGGGAUUCACCUCGAUUCGAAUUUUGAGGUUCAUUUGGACCCUAUAUGUGUCUACUUCAAAGAUCCAGCUGCACUCGGAAGAGUUCCAUCCAACAUGCAGGAAGAGGCGAUCUUAUUGAAAAAAUACGUGAUCAUUCUGAAUUUAGAAGAUCCAUGCUCAGACGGUGAUUAUGUUGUCCCGAUGAAGAAUUUGAAGUUCACUGGCGAAACCCAAAACUGA